GAGCGCUUCAGCUGCUGGGCAUGCUCCGGGGCCCAUGGCGCCCGGAUGGCAGCAUGGUCAGCUUCAACACAGGCAUUAGCGCAUGCGAGCAGGCCUUGCGCUGGCCGACAGCUUUAGAGUUCCUGCAGCUGCACAGUCUGCAAGGAGUCGAGACAGAGGUCGUGUCCUUCAAUGCAGCCAUCGGCGCCACAGGAGCAGCGCGAAGCUGGCGAUGGGCGUGGCAGCUCCUUGAACGUCAGAUCCUUCGGAACGCAGCUACACCCAGAUGCUGGCAGCACUCUCCUGGCCAUCCUGGAGCUUGGGUCUAA